AUGGAUCCGAAUAACAGGAACAACAUGAACUACGGGUACAAUGACCGUAACUACAAUGGCAAUUCCAACAACCGUGCCUAUCCCACCACUCCCUCCGCGUUUCCCCAGCCCAUCUAUCAGACUCAGGGGGCUCAGGACUAUGUCGAUCCCUCUAACCCAGCUUAUGCACCGGGAUACUUCAUGCCUCAGCCCUACCCACCACAGGUGCAGGCGCAGUAUGCCCAGCAACAGCAACAGCAACAGCAACAGCAACAGCAACAGCAACAGCAACAGCAACAGCAACAGCAACAGCAACAGCAACAGCAGCAAUAUGCUCAGCAGCAAGCCUUGCAAUCGCCCCAACCCGCCUACCAACAACGCAUGGGCUACGCCAAUGACGGUACCAAUGGCUUGAUUCAGCAAUUUUCCAACCAGGACCUCAACGCAAACCGAGCAGGCUUUUUCAAUCGGGCUGCAUCGCCAGCUCAGCGGCCUCGCACCGCUGGUGGUUCUCCAGCCCAGGCCCCAGCCCAGGCUUCACACCUUAUUCCUCCAGUGCCCCGCAGCCCUCGACCCCCCUCCGAGAAUGAGGAACUGCAACGUUUCCCCGAUCGAUACUCAGAGAAUGUGCACAAGCGGGGUAAGGCCGCGAAGGAGCUGGUGACUGUGUUCUUUCACGAGAACAUUGAGCGGGCCCGUGACCGUAACAUGCGGUAA